AGUUAUUGUUGGCGGCUUUCCGUCAAUGCUCUUUCAACGGCGGGCGUAACACGAAAUUCUAAACUAGUAUAACGAACAUUCUUGCUGUUAUGAAUGCGCGCGAAAUUCCCCAACGAGAAAAACGUUUAGGAUGAGCUCAAGCGCGUUUCUCCACGCGGCAACACUCUCCCACCUCGCCGCCACUCGCGUCUCCGUCUCUCCGUCCUCCCCUACGUCAUCUUCCGCCGCCGUCACCGCUGCUCCGGCCGCCGCUUUAUCUUCCAUGGCUGCCUCCGCGAGAAUCGCCGUCGUCGGAGACGUGCAUGAUCAAUGGAAUCUAGAGGAAGAUACGAAGGCACUUCAAUUCUUACGGUGCAGCCGGAUCUGGUCCUAUUCACAGGUGAUUUCGGGAAUGAGAACGUUGAACUCGUCCAGAGUAUCGCAGAUCUUCAGUUCCCCAAAGCAGCUAUAUUGGGGAAUCAUGAUUCCUGGACUACCCAACAGUUUUCUUUAAAGAAAAAAGAUCGCAUCCAACUUCAGCUGGAAAGGUGAGCUCAGCUUGUUAUCUCUGGUGCUUCUAGAUUCGUUGAUGAGCAUUUUCAAUUGCUUCAGAUUUGUUCUGUCUAUCAGGUGCUAAAUGACCUUUCUGUACCUUCCCUUUGCCGCAAUCAGUCUCGGUGAUGAGCAUGUAGGGUACAGUCGUCUGGAUUUUUCAGAACUGAAGAUCAGUGUCGUUGGUGGACGUCCAUUUUCUUGUGGCGGUGAUUAUCUGUACCGGAAAAAGCUCUUGUCUGCAAGAUAUGGCGUCCAAGACAUGGAAGGAAGUGCCAGGAGAAUAUACAACGUUGCUUUGGGUACUCCAGAAGACAAUUUGGUUAUUCUUCUCGCACAUAAUGGACCCACAGGUCUCGGCUCUAAUCUAAACGACAUUUGUGGGAAAGAUUGGUCGGUUGGUGGUGGUGACCAUGGUGAUCCAGAUCUAGCACAAGCCCUGUCCCGCCUAAAAGAUUCCUCGAACUUACACAUCCCUUUGAUUGUCUUCGGUCACAUGCACAAACAGCUGGCAUAUCGCGCUGGUCUUCGAAAGAUGAUCGUAGUUGGUCACGACGACACCAUCUACCUGAACGGUGCCAUCGUGCCUAGAGUGAAACCUGUGAACCGUGAACCACGAGCUACCCAGGAAAGCGAAGGCACGCUGCGAGCCUUUACUUUAGUCGAAAUCGUGGAGGGUAGAGUGGAGAAGAUUGCAGAAACUUGGGUCUCGGUUGCGAGAGAUGGUGGCACGGCUAUGGCAGAGGAGCUCGUGUUGUUCGACGGCAAGCCAUUAAGGUGAAUUCCAGAGCUUCUUUUGACUGUGAGCUCCAUUGUUGUUAUGAUUUAUCUGCUUGACUUGUAUCAACAAUUAGAGGGUCCUUAUUGCUGUUUGUCGUAAGGUAGAUAUAUUACGAAACCCAGAAUAGUGAGAAGGUGAGCUGUCAAUCAUCGGUAUUGUCUCUGUAGUUGACAACAUACAUUGGUGCGAUGCACGUUAAUGUGAUUUGAUCAUGGAGGGUGAUGGCGCAAGAACACUAAAAGUCAGCCUGCUAAGAAAUAAGAAAACUUGAU